AAGAGCCAAUGUAUGAUUUUAUUCAAGAACUUAUGGAAAUAGAUGCAAGAUAUUUUGCAAGCAAAUAUGGAUAAGGACAUGGGAUAAGGAGAUGAACUGUGGUUCAAAAGAAGAAGAGCAGGAUAGUGUUUAGUUGGUCAUCUGUGGAUGGCAUAUUGCAUUCCAAACUCACCAUCACUCCAGGGUUGGAAGACAGGUCCAUGUUGCUUAUUCGGCUGGAACAUAGGCAAGAAUAGAGUUAAUGGCAAACCUCAGAUUAAGUACCAUGAUAUUGAUCUUACAUUCCCAACUUCUCUGGUCGACAAAACAUUUUUGAGAGGGAAGGAGCUCAAAUGCUGCUAUAGGGCUACAAUUGAUGGAUUCAGUGCAACCAAUUUCCACGAAUGUUGUGACUUCAAGGGCCCAUGUGUGAUAAUCGGCUACACAAACAAGUCUUUCAAGUUUGGUGCAUUUAACCCUGAAGGGUAUAGAAGCACAGAUGACUACUACGACACAUUUGAUGCCUUCCUAUUUUACUGGAUAGACAAUGAAACUACUAAACCCAUCAUGUUGCCCAAGGUUGGUGGAAGUGGUGCAGCCCUCUUUGAUUAUGCACGUGGGGGCCCACAAUUUGGAGCAGAUGGGCUUCUCAUUGGGCCCCCAUUGGCCCCAGUUAUGGGUGGCUUUGCUGGGCCUGAUACCAAUUCUGGCAUUGGUGAUUUAAGACAAGCCAAGUCUAGAUUGGGAUUGUCUUAUGCCAAAAGAGAGGAUGGGAAAGAGUCCAUUUUUGGUGAUGAGUCAAGGGCAACCCUUGAAGAAGUGGAAGUCUUUUGUAGUCCUCAAAUUGCAAGCUUAUAUUAGAAUUGCAUAUUGAAUAGUGUGUGUGAGUUAUAAAUCUCUAAUAUUAAUGUUUGAUUUCUACGAAUAAAAAAUAUUAGAAUUGCAUAAAAGGGGUAACCGGGUAAGGAAUAUUAAGCUAUAUAUUACUACCUCGUUGCCUUUCAUGAAUGCAUUCCACGUCUAUAACGAGUCAAUGUCUAAUAUUUUGUGCAUGAAUAGCCACUUUACCCACUUGGGCCUUUGAUCACA